UUGCCUUUUCCGUCAAAAAUUUGCCCAACAGGAAUUUUUCCGAGUUCUCCGUAAAAGUUUCAACUGAAAAAUAAUUAAAAUGAUUGACAAUUCAUCUGCCUCCGAGUUGGAGGUGGAACGCACUUUUAUGGCGUACCGAUCCGUCUCUUUGACCCCAACCUCCACGACCUGGAUGCCGAUUUUGGUUUCACUUUCACUUGUAUGUCUAUUUUUUCAGAAAUGGAUUAAAAAUUUGAGUUUUCCCCAAGCGUCUAUGGUUAUACGGCAAUCGUCGUAUGCGUUGAAAGCGGUAUCCAAAGGCCACACUUCUCUGGGUAUCGUCGCGCCCGAUGGCGUCGUCAUUGGCACAAAAACGCGAAAGACUGCGCAUCUAAAUCCACCAAUGAGUGCAGCAGCUUCCUUUUGCUCCCUACAGUCUGACUAUCGACCUGCGAGCUCCAUAGGACUCAUUAAGCAAGGCAACAGCAGCAGCUUGCUCUGCACUGAACAGAAUGCCAUAGCCAUCACAACAGCUCCUGCAGUAGUGUCGUCUGAUUCCUUCCUGGACGAGGAUGAAUGUUUCUGGACGCGUAAAAGCGAGCCCACCUGUGCUAAGAGUAAGUCCAAGAAGGCGAGUUGCGGAAAGCGCAGACGCAAGAAGUCGGGUGGAUGGGUGGAUUUAUCUAAGAAAUUGCCAGCGCACCCAAUCAUUUCCAGAAUGGUAAUCCAGGUCGCCCAGCAAAUGAUUUUUUUGUGUAACGUCAGAGCCAUGGUUACGGAUGUCGAGUCCGGAAAACAGCGGCUGCUGCUGCUGCUGCGAGGCCGGCAUCGGCACCGACUCGCAGCCGAUGCCACGAAACUGAUUGAUGAGAUGCGAAUGUCAGUCCAACGCUUCAGAUUUAACUAUGGAGAGAUGAUUCCAUGUGAGGGACUCGUGGCCGAUAUAUGCGACGUCAAGCAGUCCUACACUCAGUGGGGCGGCAGGCGGCCCUUCGGCGUUUCCAUUCUCUUCAUGGGCUGGGACGAAGUCUAUGGCUACCAGCUGUACAAUUCCGAUCCCAGCGGCAACUACAGUGGCUGGAAGGCGACUGCCACUGGCCAGCACUUUGGCGUCGCCAGCUCUCUGCUGGAGCAAGAGAUAGACCCCGAAGUAUCCAUUAGUCUGGAAGAAGCCAAGGACCUUGCCAUGAAGGUACUGGACUGCGCUCUGGGAACCGCUAAUCUGAUUCCGAACAAGUUGGAGAUGUCCACCUUGCACCGCGCAAGUGAUGGCUGCUGCAUCUACACUCUUUUUGAGAUGACCGAUGUGGAGAAGCUGACCGAAAAGUAUAAGAAAGGGCUGGUCUGGCAGGAGCCGAAGGGGAUGCCAACUAGGGGAUGCAGUCCAUAAACACAUACACCUACAUGUACUACAG